GUUGAUCAUUUGAAGCUAAGUCUGUCACGGGUACUCAUCAAAAUGAAGAGAAACAUAGAUUUAGUUGAAGAAGAAGAUCACGAGAGUGAACAUGAAGAAAGCGAAAGUUCUGGUGAUGAAAGCGAGGAUGAAGAACCAGGAAUAAAAGAAGAACCGAGAAUAAAAGAUGUUUUGAGUCAUCUUUCCCGAGCAGUGCCGGAAAAGCGUGCUUCUGAUUUGCUGCAUAGUAUGGCUGCGUCCAAAGAUAUUCUUUUCUGGACCCCCAGCGGACAAUUACUGCGAAAUAAACGCACUAUUCCCGUCACAAACAUCGCU